AUGACUCAGCUCGGUCAGCCCCUUGCCAAUCCCCUCACCAUCGAGCGUCCUCGCUCGGCAGAGAACGCAAAGCCCAAGCCAGUCAAUUUUGGGGUUGUGGUCUUCCCAGCCUUCCAGCAGCUAGACGUGUUCGGCCCCCUGGAUGCACUCAGCCUCCUGUCGCGCUCCCACAACAUGAACCUGUACACCAUCGCCGCGACGCUGGACCCCGUGUCAUCAAAGCAACCUGCCGUCAAAGACGGCGGUGGCUGGGUGCCGCCGCCAACGCAGUCCCCCGAGUUCGGAACGACCAUCUUGCCAACCCACACCUUCUCAACAGCACCGGCCCUGGACGUGCUGCUCGUCCCAGGCGGCCAGGGCACGCGGGCGCAGUCGCCAGCCAUCUCCGAGUCUAUCGACUUCAUCCGGCAACGGUCCCCCUCGCUUCAGUAUCUCAUCACCGUGUGCACGGGGUCCGGGCUCGCUGCACGGAGUGGCGUCCUGGACGGCAGGCGCGCGACCACUAACAAGUUGGCGUGGGAGUCUACGACCGCCUUGCGCCCCCAGGUGAACUGGGUCCACCGCGCGCGCUGGGUCAAUGACGGCAAUAUCUGGACAUCCUCGGGUAUCAGUGCUGGGAUCGACGUGACGUUUGCUUGGAUUGCGGAUGUUUACGGGGCUGAUGUCGCAAAGAACAUUGCAGAUAGGAUGGAGUAUACCCGCGUGACGGAUGCUGACAAUGACCCUUUCGCUGACCCACAGCAUUGA